AUGGCACGCACCAUCACCAGCACCAGCACCAGCACCAGCACCAGCAGCGCACCCCUCCUCACUCUCCCGAACGAGCUCUUCCUCACGAUCGCAGACCACCUGAGCACACCCACGCUGUCCAGCUUCGCCCAGGCCUCACCACGGCUAUACCAUCUCCUCAACAGCCGACUCUACCGCACCUCAUGCUCACAGCGCGCCUUCCUCGCGCACCUCCUUCGCGACCAGCCCCUCUCUCACUUCCUACAGCGCGGGCUUCCCGCCACACGGAUGCACCACCUCCCCGUCGGGCCGACACCGGGCCUGGCGACCUCGCCGGGCGCGCCCGCGCCCCUGCUCGCCGUCGCGGUGUGGCACGAUGCGUUUGCGGCUGUGCAGGCACUGCUAAAGGCGGGCGCGGAUGCGACUGCGUACCCCGUCCUGCUGCUCGCGGUCGGGCUGGGCAAGGGCAGUGGGAGGAUGGUGAAGUUGCUGCUGGAGAAUGGUGCGGAGAAGGAGGUCGAGGAUAGGUAUGGACGCACGCCGUUGGAGUUGGCGGAGGCGUGGAGGGAUACGCACGUGGUCGAGUUGUUAAGGGAGUGUGAAGUGUAGGGGAACGUUGGGCGCGCGGAGGCAGGAGUUGUGAUUGUGAUUGGAUUGGAUUGGAUACUGUGCUGCGCUCUAGUAGAGGAUUAUAUGGAGUUUUGGGGCUGGCGGCUGGGGCCGCGUACGCAUAACGACUGGACGAUCAUAGACGGAG